AUGGUUCUGCCCAAGGCCUCGUCCGAAGUCAAAGGUGGUGGGCACCCAAAGCUCCUCCAGAUGAAAGUCGACCGCAGCCUUUGGCCAACACAGGCACUAUCAAUCCGCUCACUUGCUACGACACCUUGGCCAAGGAAAAGAUUCCUUGCAUCAACUUCGCCAAAGUCACCUGCAAGCCCUGGCAAGCUUCAGAAUGCAGUUGCGACGAAAAGAAUCCAAUUUGCGUCACGGAUGUGGCCCAGCGAUCAUCAGCUGCAUCCCCCGCAAAUGGACGUUCCGCCAUCGAAACGCAGUAUGCAUGCUGCCCAAAGCCGGCGCUGGACGAGGCUGCCUGAAACCUCAAAUGCUGCGGAGAGAAAAGGAUACCCAGACCUACCUGCACGCUUGGCAAGCACGUUUGGCAAGCGCCCUUGGCUGAUUUCGAGGGGCAUGGGAUUAGUUCUCCGUGCAAUCUGGAGGCAGCAUCUCAGGAAGCUGGGAAGCUCACCUCCGCGGUGGCCGCAGGAAAGCAGGCGCUGGAAGCGUUUGCGCUGGCAGACUGGCAGCAAGGGGCACAGCGGAUGCGGAUCCUGUCGAGGCAGACGCCAAAGCGCGAGAGCAGCUGCAGGAGGAAACAGCAGCAGCUAA